AUGAAUUUUCAAGAAGUCAAAGAGAUUUUGAAAUUGGACUCCCUCGAUUUUGAAGGAGGUUCCUUCCAUGAAAUCUACAGAUGCAGUGUUCCUGCCUCGAUUCCAAACAGAAGCUGCGGAACAUCAAUUUAUUACGCUUUAGAAGCAAAGAAUGUAUCACGCUGGCAUUUAGUUGAAAGCGAUGAGAUCUGGUUUUACCAUGCUGGAACACCUGCUCUUCAAAUUUUACUUUUCCCAGAUGGCCAUUUCGAAAAACACAUUAUUGGUCCAAAUCUUAAAGCUGGCGAGCGUCCUCAAAGUAUAAUUCCUGUAGGUGUUUGGCAAGCUGCCCGCCUUGUCGAUGAUUCUGAAAAUUCUUGGGGAUUAUUCGGAGCUACAGUUUUCCCUGGAUUUGAGUUCUCCAUUGCAAAGGUUGCAAACUGGAGUGAACUUGCUCAAAAAUGGCCGAAUGCUGUUGAUUUAGUUAAAGAAUCCAAAUUGGAUAUUGAACUCCCAUAA